CAUCUCUCGUGUCGUGUCGUGUCGUGUCGUCUCUCCUUUUUAAUUUGCUUUCCUCUUCUAAUUUCAAAGGUUUUCUUUCUUCCGGAAACCUCCGAUGGAUCUCUGAAUUCGCCUUUGCUGCAGUCUUCGAUUUCUGAUUUCGGCAUACUUCGUAUUUACCAAAUGGCGUCCGCAGAGCAGUUGAUGGGCAGAGACGGCCCCAAGUACGCUCAAAUGCAGAAGGAGGCGCCGCCGCCGUCGGGAUUGCCGUCCUUGACUUCCUCGUUUUUCUCGUUUCAUAACCCGAAUUUUCUUAGUGGCGAGACGGCUCGGAUUUUUGAUGAGCUGCCGCAAGCUACCAUAAUUCAUGUAUCGCGACCCGACGCUAGCGAUAUUAGUCCAAUGCAACUGACAUACACGAUUGAGCUCCAAUACAAAGAGUUCAAGUGGCAAUUGGUGAAGAAAGCUUCGCAUGUAUUCUAUCUACACUUUGCUCUGAAGAAGCGGAAAUUUAUCGAGGAGAUACAUGAAAAGCAGGAGCAGGUUAAAGAAUGGCUUCAAAACAUAGGAAUUGGAGAUCACACAACAGUUAUGCAGGAUGAUGAAGAACCUGAUGAUGAGGUUGUUCCCUCACGCACUGAUGGAUGUUCCAGAAACAGAGAUGUUCCAUCAAUUGCUGCCCUUCCAAUUAUUCGGCCAGCACUUGGAAGGCAGCAUUCAAUGUCUGACCGAGCAAAAGGAGCAAUGCAGGGAUACUUGAAUCAUUUUCUAAGCAAUAUAGAUAUUGUGAAUUCCAGAGAGGUGUGCAGGUUUUUGGAAGUUUCAAGAUUAUCUUUUGCUCCAGAAUAUGGUCCUAAGCUGAAAGAAGAAUAUGUAUCGGUGAGGCAUUUACCAAACUUGGAGAAUGAUGGCGACCAAAAUUGUUGUUCAUGCCUGUGCUGUUGGUGCUGCAGGGAUAAUUGGCAAAAGGUUUGGGCUGUAUUGAAACCUGGAUUUUUGGCCUUUCUUAAGGACCCUUAUGAUCCCAAGCCUUUAGACAUUAUUGUUUUUGACGUUCUACCUGCUUCAGAUGGUAAUGGAGAGGGCAGAGUGUCACUGGCCAAGGAAGUUAUCGAUCAUAAUCCAUUGCGCCAUUAUUUCAGGGUGACUUGUGGCACUAGAAGCAUAAAACUUAGAACCAAAACGAAUGCCAAAUUAAAAGAUUGGGUAGCUGCAAUCAAUGAUGCUGGUCUUAGACCACCUGAAGGGUGGUGUUAUCCCCAUCGUUUCGGUUCUUUUGCUCCUCCCCGUGGUUUGACCGAAGAUGGGAGUCAGGCUCAAUGGUUUGUGGAUGGUUGUGCUGCUUUUGAAGCAAUUGCUUUGGCCAUUGAGGAAGCAAAAUCAGAGAUAUUCAUAUGUGGGUGGUGGCUGUGCCCUGAACUAUACUUGCGGCGUCCAUUUCAUGCAAAUACAUCAUCUCGGCUUGAUUUUUUGUUGGAGUCUAAAGCCAAGCAAGGUGUACAGGUAUACAUUCUUCUCUACAAAGAGGUUGCCUUAGCUCUCAAAAUUAACAGUGUUUAUAGCAAGAGAAAACUUCUGAGCAUUCAUGAGAAUAUCAGAGUACUUCGGUAUCCUGACCAUUUUUCUUCUGGUGUCUAUUUAUGGUCCCACCACGAAAAAAUUGUUAUUGUGGAUCACCAAAUAUGUUUCAUUGGUGGACUCGAUAUGUGCUUUGGCCGUUAUGAUUCUGGGAAACAUAAAUUGUGUGAUUAUCCGCCAAAAAUAUGGCCGGGAAAAGAUUAUUACAACCCAAGGGAAUCAGAACCAAAUUCCUGGGAGGACACAAUGAAGGAUGAGUUAGAUAGAUUGAAAUAUCCACGCAUGCCUUGGCAUGAUGUUCAUUGUGCCCUUUGGGGCUCAGCCUGCCGUGAUGUAGCCAGGCAUUUUGUGCAAAGAUGGAACUAUGCGAAGAGAAAUAAAGCUCCAAAUGAAAACACAAUCCCUCUACUUAUGCCUCAGCAUCACAUGGUUAUUCCUCAUUACAUGGGAAGAAGUGAAGAGAUAAACUUCAGCAAUAAGAAUAACCAUGUUGAUCAUGAAGGCAUCAAAAGAAAUGAUUCAUUUUCCAACCCAUCUUCACUUCAAGAUGUCCCACUGCUUAUGCCACAAGAGGUUGAUGGGCCAGAUGCAGGGAAGAUAGAACCAAUGUUAUAUGGGUUUAACACAUUGGAUGAUCUUCAUGAUCUGCCAAGCAAGCCUAGCAGGAGUCCGUUCUCUUUCCGUAAAUGCAAAAUUGAACCAUUAAACACCGGUAUGCCCAUGAGGGAUUUUGUGGAUGGUCAUGACAGCUUUGAUCCCCAGAGUGCCCAUAUAUUGCAUCCUGGACCAGAGGUUUCAGAAAAAGAGUGGUGGGAGCCACAGGAACUAGCUGAUCAAGUCAUUUCUGCUGAUGAAACUGGACAAGUUGGACCUCGUGUAUCAACUCGUUGUCAGAUUAUAAGGAGCGCUAGCCAGUGGUCAGCAGGUACAAGCCAGAUUGAAGAAAGUAUUCAUAAUGCGUACUGUUCACUUAUUGAAAGGGCAGAACAUUAUGUCUAUAUUGAGAAUCAAUUCUUCAUCUCUGGUUUAUCGGGUGAUGAAAUUAUUCAAAAUCGUGUUUUGGAAGCAUUAUACAGGCGCAUUAUGCGAGCAUACAAUGAGAAGAAGUGUUUCAGGGUCAUUAUUGUUAUACCUCUCCUACCUGGUUUUCAGGGGGGUGUGGAUGAUUCUGGUGCUGCAUCUGUGAGAGCUAUAAUGCAUUGGCAGUAUCGAACAAUAUGCAGAGGGCACAGUUCCAUAUUGCACAAUCUUUAUGAUCUUGCUGGCCCUAAAAUGCAUGAUUAUAUAUCCUUUUAUGGACUGAGAGCUUAUGGCAGACUUUUUGACGGUGGUCCUAUCGCCACUAGUCAGGUGUAUGUUCAUAGCAAAAUCAUGAUAAUUGAUGACCGGACUACAUUGGUUGGCUCUGCAAAUAUUAAUGACAGAAGUUUGCUCGGAUCUAGAGACUCUGAGAUUGGAGUACUAAUCGAGGACAGAGAAUUUGUAGAUUCAUCCAUUGGUGGCAAGCCUUGGAAAGCAGGGAAGUUCUCAUUGAGUCUUCGUCUUUCACUGUGGUCCGAGCACCUUGGUCUUCACGCCAAAGAGAUUAAUCAAAUAAAAGAUCCCGUGAUUGAUGCAACCUACAAGGAUUUGUGGGUAUCAACUGCAAAGACAAAUACGGCGAUUUAUCAAGAUGUCUUUGCUUGUAUCCCAAACGACCUGAUACACACAAGGAUUUCACUUCGACAAUGCAUGAGCUCUUGGAGAGAAAAGUUUGGGCACUCAACUACUGAUUUAGGGAUAGCCCCUAACAAGCUGGAGACCUACCAAGAUGGUAAAGUGAUAGAGAUGGAUCCAAUGGAAAGACUCGAAUCCAUCAAAGGGCACCUGGUUUCGUUCCCUUUGGACUUCAUGUCGAAGGAAGACUUAAGGCCCGUGUUCAACGAGAGUGAGUACUAUGCAUCAGCGCAGGUAUUUCACUGAGUUAUGUGUGUACAAGUAUAAUGGUUUCGAUCAAUUCAUGGCUGGGUCACUGAGCCAGAUAUAUAGUUCCCUAUUUUUCACUGUUGUAUAUUAACCUCUCCUCAUUAUGUUAUGUACCAUACAUACAUACCACACGAAAGGAUACGUACAGACCAUUGAAACUAUGCUCCAUUAGAAGCAGAGGCAGUGGUAUUACUAGCUGUCUCUGGAGUAUAAAUAUUCUUCAACUUAUUUUUCCAA